CUUAUUCUUAUUAAUUUUGUCACAUCCAUGUUACGUUUGAACUAUCCAUCAUAUUACUCAAGAAUACUUGACGAAAAGGAACGAAGGCCUUAUUUUCUAAACCGAUUCAAGCCGACAACAGCCAGGCCAGGUGUGACAAUCUACUGCCAAGAUCGGAGCGGGCACUUUGCGAUAGGCCUUCCGUCAGAAUACACGUUGUAAAAGGCUGCAUGAGUCGUUUCCCCGAGAAGUCGGACCGCCGUUGAUUAUUAAACGUUAAACUGAGGAUUGUUGUCUUGAAUUGUCGAAGACAAGUUUAUACACAAAGAGAGAGAGAGAGAGAGAGUUUAUUCUAUAAAUCUGGCUUACGGUUAUACGUUUGGCGCCCAUUGUUAUAUAUUUAAAUAUUAAUAAAGAGCCCUGACGGCCACGGACCCGGUCGCGUCAGGUGAGGGCUAUUGCUUAAAUUAAUUAUAUAUCAAGUUACUAUUAUUUAUUAAGUCGAACAGCCCGUCUCAGAUGACAAAUAAAACUCGUGAAAUUGAGGAACGAAAAAUCAAAGUGGACGGUAUCGAAAUAAAUUACGUCAAAACCGGAAGAGGUGAUCAUCUGGUGUUAUUGUUACCUGGCGGAUUAGGAACGAUAUGGACUAAUUAUAAGCCGCAGAUCGAAAAUCUAAAUACAAACAAGUUUACCAUACUAGCAUGGGACCCACCUGGUUAUGGAAAAUCGCGACCACCCGACAGAACUCUUCCGGACGAUUUCUUUCAACGUGACGCAGUAUUGGCUCAUAAUCUGGUACAGACUCUGGGCUACUCAAAAUUUUCUCUGAUCGGUUGGUGCCACGGCGGCAUCACAUCGCUUAUACUUGCCUCAAAAUAUCCUGAUAGCAUUCGUAAGAUGGUGCUUCAUAGUACAAAUGCAUAUCUGCUCCCGGAAGAGAAAGGAAUAUAUGAAAACAUGAGAGAUAUCAACAAGUGGCCGGAAAGAAGGAGAACAACUUUGAUGCAAGUUUACGGCGAGGAUUACCUUACAAAAACUAAUUCGGAUAUAAUAGACGCUAUGCUAAGAUUGAACGAAAAGCAAAAUGGUGACCUGUGCAAACAGGCAUUAUCGAAAAUAAAAUGCCCAACGUUGAUUAUUCAUGGAGGUAAAGAUGACACGGUUUUACCGGAACAUGCGACGUAUCUGAAGCAAAAUAUCGCCAAGUCAAGCAUACAUAUUUUCGAAAAAGGUACACACAGUCUUCACUUAAGAUAUUUUGAAGAGUUCAAUGAUUUGGUGACGAAUUUCAUCCUUGAUCAAUCAAAAUUAUAGUUUCUUUUAAUAAAU